AUGGGGGACUCAGAUUUCACCAUAGACAUACAUCAUGGUGGCAAGUUUAUGACAAAUCUUGAAGAAAGAGGCAAAACCUUUGUAGCAAUGAGCAAUGUAAUUGCUCUUUACUUGUGGAAUGAAGUUCUGGAUAUGGAGAAGUUGAUGCUGAACACAUUGUACUUUAACAUGUCUGUUCCAACAGCAUAUGUUUUCAUUAGAAGGUUCCUAAAGGCAGCACAAGCAGACAGAAAGAAGGCUGGGUCAGGGAAACUUACAGGGGUGCAUCGGAAGUACUGUUCUUCAAAGCACAACUAUACUGCAAAAUGUGAAGCAGCAAGUUUUCUUCUUGAUAACUCAUUGUUGUAG